AUGCCAACGAGUUUUAAAUGUUGCAAAAAGGAUUUCAACAACUUUGUAUGUGUGGUAUGCUUGGGCAUCUUUCAUCCCAAUCCAAAUUGUCGGAGGAGUGCUGAAAUAACUUUAGAAGGAUACAAGAUUUACUGCUCUGCGAAAUGUGUCGAAAUAAGCAAGACUGAAAAUUUUACGGAGCUUCACGUUGCUAUUGCGGAUCUAAAUAAGACGUUGGAGAAAAAAGAUAUUUUAAUUGAUAAAAUACAGAAUGAUUUUCAAGAGCAAAUUGAAAAUCUAGAGUCGACGAUCAGUAAACAAUAUAAAGAUAUCAGCGAUAGAGAUUUGCAUCUAGAUAAAAUGCGUAAAAAAUCCAGAGAUUUUACGGAUGAGGUAGAAGAAGCGGAACAAAACUAUUUGAAGCAAUUAAUAGAAAAACGGGAAAAAAUCACUAAGAUGGACAAAGAAAUAAUAGGUUUUACUAAACGAAUAUCCCAAUUAGAAGAAGAAUUGCAAAAUAGUGCUGAAAGAACUAAACAGAAAGAAUUAGAAUUAAUUGAGUCACAAGUACUAAACAAGCAGAUGAUAGCCACAAUUCGAACAUUGGAAGCAGACAAUAGUAUAUACAGUAAUGAACUGUGUCAACUUAGAAAAAGACUUACUAGUUCGGGUGAGUUUAUGGAGAAAUUAUCAGAUGCUUCGAAUACUGGUAAUAAGGUGAUUCGUAAAUCACAACUGUUAAUUAUCGGUGACGCUAAUGUAAGAGGAUUUAUAUCUCUCUUUAAAAAAUUUACAAAUCGUAAAUUUGAUAUAAACUGCCAACGUCUACAUAAGCCAACUCCUAGCUGUAUUUUAAAGCAUGGCUCUAACCUAAUGAAAACAUUGACUAAAAGUGACUACGUUAUUCUUUUUUGGGGCUCUCAAAUGGCUGUAUCCGGUAAAUCAAUCAAAGACAGCCAUAUUAACGAGCUUUUAAAUAUCUGCAAGGAUACAAAUCUUAUUGUGUUUGGUUCUCCUCUAUUUAGAAAUAGACCUGUAUUGAAUAGACUAAUUCAAGAACAAAAUUCUUCAUUUUGUUCGAAACUCAAACUGAAGCCUGAAAACACUGCAAAUUUUGUACCCGUUAACUUCUUUACUUCGAAUGGAAUUUUGUUCUACGACGAAAAAACUUGUUUAGUGCAAUCAAUAUGCGGAGACUUGCUUUCACAUACAUGCAAUUCCUCAUCAGUUUCAAUAAAUGGGACUUCUAUCUCCAAUUCUGAACCUUGUUCUCUGUCGGGUGUGUCAAUUUCAUCUGAGAAGAUAAAUUUUUCCCUUGCAUCGAUUCUGUAA